UCCUCUAUCUAUCUCUCUUUCUCACCAGCACUCCCAUUCUCUCUCUCUCUCUCUCUCUCUCAGCUGCUCACCCUCCCCUCCCCUCUCUUCCUGUGGAUGGUGUAGCUCUCUCUCUCUCUCUCUGGCAGUCUAGUGGAGCCGCACACAAGGAUUAGAGGGUUUGCUGUGAGUGUCUGCUCUGAGGAGAAGAAGCCAGAAGGACAGAGAUAAAAUAAAUUCUCUCUAGAACAACAAAGAAAGGAAGGAAGGAAGGAAGGAAGGACAGCUUCACUGUUGUGGAUAAGUGAUCUGAUUUACCUCCACUCUGCCUAUCACCUCAUUCCAGCCUGAAGCCUUCACCUGGGGGUUCGACAGAUAAACCAAGGGGGACUAUAUAUCUCGGACCUCCACUCGCACAGGGGAGCCAUGUGAGCGGCACCCCUCCACCCACUUCACACCACAGAAGUCCCCCCACAUUGAGCCCUCCGAGCUGGGGAGCCCAUCCAGGAUUUUUUUCCCCCCUCUCCUCCUCUUCUCCUUCCCACCUCCACCUCCCCUGGAACCUUCCUCCUGUCAGAGGGACUCUCCAGGACUCGGCGGACCCCCCUCCUCCCAGCAGGAGCCACUCAUCUCGGGGGAACUCGGGGUGCGAGUGCCCCCCUGGUCCUGGAGGCCGUCCGGCAGCACUCCAGCACCAUGGAUUACCUGUUUGGGAUUGUAGUGCUGCUGUGCGGGGCGGUGCAGCCGGGGAGAGGAGUUGAGCCCAAGCACAACGUACCCAGGCUAAAGCUGUCAUACAAGGAGAUGCUAGAGACCAGUAACCUCAUCACCUACAACGGCUUGUCCAACAGCUCGAGCUACGACACGUUCCUAUUGGACGAGGAGCGAGGGCGACUGCUGGUCGGAGCCGAGGACCACAUCUUCUCCUUCGACCUCGUCAACAUCAACAGGGACCACAAGCAGAUUGCAUGGCCUGCCACCCCCUCCAAGAGGGAUGAAUGCAAGUGGGCAGGGAAAGACUAUGUGAAAGAGUGCUCUAACUACAUUCGGGUCCUCCAACCGUACAACCAGACCCACAUGUACAUCUGCGGCACAGGAGCCUUCCACCCCAUCUGUGCUUAUCUGGAAAUGGGCAAGAGGGCAGAGGACAACAUCUUUCGACUGGCGCCUCAUUUUGAGAACGGCCGCGGGAAAAGCCCCUACGACCCCAGAAUGCUCUCCGCCUCGCUCCUGAUCGACGGGGAGCUGUACUCUGGCACGUCCGCUGAUUUCAUGGGAAGGGACUUUGCCAUUUUCCGUACGCUGGGAGAUCAUCAUCCAAUCAGGACGGAGCAGCACGAUUCAAGAUGGCUGAAUGACCCAAGAUUCGUCAACGUACACUUGAUCCCGGAGAGCGACAACCCGGAAGAUGACAAGAUCUUCCUGUUCUUCAAGGAGAACGCCAUGGACGGGGAGCACACCGGGAAGGCCACCAUCGCCAGGAUAGGACAACUGUGUAAGAACGAUAUGGGAGGACACAGGAGUCUGGUGAACAAGUGGACCACUUUCCUUAAGGCCCGUCUCAUGUGCUCAGUCCCCGGGGUCAACGGCAUUGACACGCACUUCGACGAACUACAGGACGUGUUUCUCAUGAGUUCUAAGGACCCGAAGAAUCCAGUCAUCUACGCCGUAUUCACCACGUCCAGUAACAUCUUUAAAGGCUCCGCGGUGUGUAUGUACAACAUGGCGGACAUAAGGAGGGUGUUCCUGGGCCCCUACGCCCACAGAGAUGGACCCACCUACCAGUGGGUGCCCUUCCAAGGAAGGGUGCCCUACCCCCGUCCUGGAACUUGUCCCAGUAAAACCUUCGGAGGUUUCGACUCCACCAAAGACCUUCCUGAUGACGUCAUCACCUUCGCCCGUGGCCACCCGGCCAUGUUCAACCCGGUGCAUCCGAUAGGGGGGCGUCCCAUCAUGGUGAGGACAGACGUGGACUACCAGUUCUCCCAGCUGGUGGUGGACAGAGUGGAGGCAGAGGACGGACAGUACGAUGUCAUGUUUAUCGGCACAGAUAUGGGAACAGUGCUGAAGGUGGUGACGAUCCCCAGAGAGAGCUGGCACGACCUGGAGGAGGUGGUGCUGGAGGAGAUGACGGUCUUCAGGGAGCCCACUACCAUCACUGCCAUGGAGCUGUCCACCAAGCAGCAACAGCUGUACCUUGGCUCGUCCCUGGGUGUAUCGCAGAUGUCUCUCCACCGUUGCGAGGUGUAUGGGAAAGCUUGUGCCGAGUGCUGCUUGGCCCGGGACCCGUACUGCGCCUGGGACGGCACCGAAUGCUCAAGAUACUUCCCCACCGCCAAGAGGCGAACCAGGCGACAGGACAUCAGGAACGGUGACCCCCUCUCUCAGUGCUCAGACCUCCAGCAUCACGACGACGCUGACGGCACAGGAGGCAGAGUGGAGGACAGGAGUGUGUUCGGUGUGGAGAACAGCAGCAUGUUCCUGGAGUGCAGCCCCAAGUCCCAGAGGGCGCUCAUCUACUGGCAGCUGCAGAAGCUCAACGACGACCGAAAGCUCGAGAUCAAACUGGACGACAGAGUUGUUCGUACCGACCAGGGUCUGCUCAUCCGCAGCCUCGCCCAGUCCGACACCGGAGUGUACCACUGCCAGGCCAUCGAGCACGGCUUCAUUCAGCCCCUUCUCCGCCUCAACCUCCAGGUCAUCCCCUCCCAGAAACUGGGCGACAUCCUCCCAGGAAUACCCGGUACGGGAGGAGGCGGCGGCAUGGGUCAGUCCCCCAAGCACAGGGUGUGGUACCGAGAUUUCCUCUCCCUGCUGGACCACCCGGACCUCAACAGCGUGGAGGAGUUCUGCGAUCGAGUUUGGAAGAAAGAGCGCAAACAGAAGAAAGUGAAGACGCCCAACGGCAACAAUCCGGUCAAACCCGUCGCCGCUGCGUUAAGGCCUAAAGCCACAGCUCCCAAUGCUCAGAGGCAGCAGGCCAAUCCAUCGCAGAGCAGGCCGUGGCUUCAGGCCGGAGCUCCGACGGUGGAUGGGCCAGCGCGAGGUCAGAACACCCCGAAAGGUCCAACAAAUCCGGGUACGGCGAGCGGCCAGGCGACGAGGAGCAACCCGAGGACGCAAAACAGCCAGAGGGGGGGGCAGGGCGGCCAGGCGGGCUCACAAGCUGCGGGGGGACAGCGGGCAAACAGCCAGCACGCCGCCAAGUGGAGACGGAUGCAGGAAAACAAGAAGGGACGCAACAGGAGGACCCACGAGCUUCAAAGACCUCCGCGUAGUGUUUGAGACGAGGCCGUAGACGCACACACACGCAACCAGAUCUACACACACAAGCACAAAACCCAUGCAUCCACACAUACUGUCAACACACGAACACGUUCUCGAGAGUGUUUGUCCAGUGUAUGAUUCAGUGGCCUCUCCAUGACAAGAACAAAAACCACACGCAUCAGACACACCGUUUUAAGUAGAAGCACACACGAAUACCGCUCUCAUUCAAAGACUCAAGCGCACAUAACCUUGGAGGGAGGAGGAUGAAUGGAGGAUGGAGAGACUGGAAAAUACUGUAAAUGUGUGAGCAUGUGGCUGGUUGCCUGGGAGACUGUCUGGUGGACAUUUUCACCUCCUGUACAUAAGCUACUAAGAUAAGACGGGGACAGAGACACGUCGACUGAGGUGCUCCUCGGUGAAGCAGAUGGACUUGAUACCCUGAGAGGACAGUGGUGUAGACGUUAAUAAGACCCACGGAACUUUUACGGAAGCGGAUGAGAUGUCCUCCGACCUGCUUCCCUCUUUGACCUGAGCAUGUGAACUGAAAGAUAGCGUAAACAGACUCUUAUUUUGAAAGGACUGCUUGAGGACAAUAGGAUCCUUUCUGUAUCGUCCAUACGAACAACAGCGCCCCCCGCGGGAGGAAAAGGGAGGCGUGCAGUUCACAGCGAGGUGUGCACAGCUUUGCACGGGUGGCCCACACAAGUAGAAUCAUUAUAAACAUGCAAAAACUGCAAAGUCAUGCGGAGAAAGUGCUUCGUCUCAAGCCGCUCCACCCGAGGCAUCGUGCAUGUUGUUGUCAAUCAUUGUUUUAAUAAGCUAGUUAUUUUAUGGGGUUUCUUUUUUUUACUCCCCACCUGAAAAAUGUUACUUUUAUAUUUUCUUUCCUUUCCAAACCAGUGGUUCUAUUUUUAAUUUUUUUUUGCUGCAAAAAAUUACGAGCAACAUAGCCGCCUCAUCGUGCAUUAUCCCCCCCCCCCUUCCCGCCUCUGAGGAUCCUGUGUAACUUAAUACGUAAAAAGCCAGUCGGAGAUAGACUGCCACUUGUUUUCUGUGUACAUAUAUACAACAAACGUAACUCUCUGUGUAUAUACAGUACAUAUACAGUACGAGAACACCACUUUAUUUAUUGCUCAUUGUUUUGUGAAAGGGUUGCAUUUAUUUUUGAUAUUAUGGUAUUUCUGGCUCAUCAGUACAUCGGAGAGAAAAAACAACGACAGCAAAUACGUGAACUUUGACGGACCAACUGAGCGAAGCCUGGUCACCGAGGGUUUGAAAGUUACUCGAGAACAAAGGGGGUUCAAGUCAUUGACCGAAUCCCGUCGAAUAUAAGCACAAUUUAAUCUAUUUUUUGCCAUAACCGAUGAUUUUUUUAUAAUCACGUUUUCCUUUACCCCGCAUCCACCCGACAUGUCGUCCAUGCAUCGAGUCGCCAUGAUGUGUAAGAUACUUCCCCUGAAAUCUGAGAAAAACCUUAGCUGUGAAUCUCUGUAAGAAAUAGUGGAGAAAAGUGUAAACUCUAGUCUGAGGAGAAGACACCUUAUUACUGCAUGUGAAUGCUACCUACAGUAAGUGCAUCUUUUUUAAUCGUCUCUCUUUCUGUGUUUUGUGUGAGAGGUAAAGUUCCCUUCAAAGCAAAGUGUGAAUUGUACUUUUGCCAAAACAGUGAUGAAUAGCGAUCCGAGACACUCAUCCGCGAUCCAACCUCCUUAAUCUCCGAAUUCAACGAUGGUAACCCCCCCUACCCCUUGUCUUCCUUAUCCCCUCAAUACACGACAAGAGUAUAAAGUGUCAAUGCAAUAAAUUCGAGCGGAUAGCGUUCUGUACCGACACUCCAAAAGGUCGGUGUGUCCCUGAUUCGGGUCUCUCCCUCAGAGUUAGUAACAAGCGAGAGAGCUGAGAGUUUCCGCUGCUGUAACACGGCUCUUUCUGGCAUGCGUUCAGUUGUCUAAAUAAACAUCUCCGUUACAA